UCUCUGAGCUGAUACCCCAAAUGCCUUAUCCAAACGCAGGUCCUUUCUUGUCAGUGAAGAGAGAGACCAGAGUAUCAGACCAUGGUCUAACAUUGUAACUCACUCUCUAUCCUCAGAAAUUCUCUCUAAAACACGAAGAAGAUGUUAUCCAUGGCAAUUCAAUCUGGCGUUUUCACACAGUCCCCAUUUCCUUGUCAGACCCUCUCUUGCAAGACAAUUAAAGCCAGCAUUUUCAUCAAUCCCAAACCCAAUCUGUUACACUCUUCAACCAUUCUUGACCCAAAAAUGGGGCCCAUUUCCAGAAACCAAAGACUGAUUGGUUUUGCAGCCCCAGAAGCUCUCGCAGCUGAAAUGCCCACUGAAGCAGAAGAAUCCAUGGAAGUAGAAGAACCAAUCCCCAACCAAGAAAUUGAGAAAGUUGGAGUAACGGUGAAGCAAGUGGAGAAGCCAAGGUUGGUGUUGAAGUUCAUAUGGAUGGAGAAGAAUAUUGGGCUGGCUCUUGAUCAGGUAAUUCCUGGACAUGGUACUGUUCCCUUGAGUCCAUACUAUUUUUGGCCAAGAAAAGAUGCAUGGGAAGAGCUCAAGACCACUCUAGAGAGUAAGCCUUGGAUAUCCCAGAAGAAGAUGAUCAUACUUCUCAAUCAGGCCACUGAUAUCAUCAAUUUGUGGCAGCAAAGUGGUGGCAAUCUUACCACAUAAUGGAACAUGUGUUUUGGUUUUUUGCAGUUAAUUUGUGUGUUUAGGUGUUGAGGAAUCAACUAUCACAGUUCAAUUAUGUUUAAGGCUAUGGGUAUUUGCAUUUGCUGGUUUCUGUAACUGUGCCAUAUAUUUCAAUGAUACACGAAUUCUCGAUUGGCAUCA